GCUAAAGAGACGUCAUCACCGCGCGACACAGAACGGCCUCGUUCCACUCGGGGGCGUGGCCAGCGCCUCGUUGACUUUAACGGGAGCGGGGAGACGUCAUCGAGCCGCGACGGUUGCCGGGGCCGCGGCGGCGCGGUUGCCGCGGCAACGGCGGAGCUGAGAACGCGCAGUCAGCGCUGCCCGCCCGCUCAGCCGCACAGCCCCGUUCCACCUGGGGAGCUGCCACACCGCCGCCGCCCGCCCACCGGCCGAUCCAGAAACAAGCCAACAUGGAUGAGGUAGUGGAAACCCUGGGAAAGAUCGAGCAGAACUACAAGCUCUUCCAGCAGCAGCAGUUGACAUUUAUCAAAGCACUGAAACUCACCCGUGUGGAAGCCAAUGACGUGGUCAGACCUGUGUCAUCCAUUAACCAGGUGCAGUGCUACAAAGAUCACCACUGCUACAACUCCAGGGACAAGCACGUCCUCACCAUGUUCAUCUCCAUCUGCAACGAUCUCCGCAACCUUUGCCAGAAACUGGAACAUGUGCAUCCUGGGGACAGAGUGUCCAACAGCCUCAUGGAGAAGUGCAAAGAGCUGCUGAAGGAGAGCAACGACUUCACUGCCCUCCGAGCCACCUACCCCCACGGUGUUGUGAACUACUUGAGCUUGGCUGAAGCAACGGAUUGUUAUGGAGGGGUGGUGAGCCUCAUCCCCAUCGUUAUAGACACCAUGAGGGAGUGGAUAACCUACACCAACAACAACCUGCUUCAUACUGACAGAGAAUGCUCGAAGUGCAAGUAUGAAGACCCACGUUUGAAAAAUAAAGCUCCCUGGAUGCCAGCAAACAAACACCCCAAUUAAGGAUGGAUCAAAGCUCCUGCAUCAUCUGGUCACCACCUUUAAUCACCUGGCUGAUUAAACACAGUGAAAUGAACACUA